AUGGAAAUCCAAAAAGACAUUUGGAGACAGUGGGUGUCGAAGCAGCAUAAACUUAUGGAAAGGUACAACGAAAAAGACUGGUUUAAGAAUUUGUUGAAAUUUAUAGAAGAAGAACCAAACGAAUUGGAAACGGAAAAUCAUGUUGAAAAUAUUUCAUUGACAAAUUUGGAAGAAUUAGAGACGCAAAAAUUAUAUCAAGAAUUGUAUAAGAAAAAACAAUUAAUAGCCAAAUUGUGGAUGCUCAUACUUCUAUUGGUAGUAGAAGAAUGCGAAAUUGAGGAUAACAUUAAUGACAAGGAAUUAUAUUUGGAUAGGUUCUUAGAAAGCUUGAAGUCAAAACGGUGUUUUGGUGAAAAAAGAUAUAAUGCUGAAAAGAUAUGCGAAUCAAACGACAUUUUCGAUGGAAACAAAAAUGAUGAAACAGAUAAGUACAAAAAUGAAGAGUGGUUUAGCGAAUUGAAUGAUGACUGCAUAAACGAUGAUGAUGAUACAUAUAUAUUAGCUAACAAAAAUAAGCUAGAUAAAUAA